AUGUUCGAGCUACCACCAGAACUCGUCCUUGCUAUUGGCACGCUCCUCGAUAAUCGAUCCCUCGUCGCCUGCCUUCGAGUCUCUCAAGACUGGCAUUGCGCCUUCCUCCCACUUGUCUGGGGUACAAUCUCCAAGAAAAGCUGGACCCACUACUCAUUUCCACUCACCACUUGGACCCCACUCUCCAGCAACCUGCCUCGCACCCACCCCAGGGCGCACUCCCAAGCUAGAGUCCAUCGCUACCUCCAACAUGUGCAGUCGUUGACUUGGCACAACAACAACGCGCUCUUGAGGGAUAAGGUCAUUACCUGCCCUCCGUCACAGAUGCACUUGAGGCAGCUCAGCAUUGUCCUCCAGCGGACGCCCAACCUGACGAGCUUAUCCUUGGCUAUGGCAACUCAUGGAAUCGAGGGCUAUAUUAUUUCGUCGAUCCUCCAUUUACUUCAGCAGUUGGAGCAUCUUGUAACCCUUGAGGUCGAUAUACCACGUCAAGGUUCAGUGACUCCCAUUGAACAACAUUUCCCUUUGUUCGCCAAGUUGGAGGAGCUCAAGAUUCCAGGAGAUUGGUACAGUGGAGAAACGAUCAGGACAUUGGAAACUGCUGCUGCUGUCACGACUGAGAACACCACACUCUGGAAACUGAGGAGACUGGAGAUCGACAGAAUCGACAUUUCUUUUUUUCGGCAGUGCCCACAGCUUGAGCAUGUGACACUUAGCAACCCCACUUGGAGGUGCAUGGUACUCGAGGACUCGGCGGUCAAGGAAGUGAUUGUUGGGCAGCUUCAGAGGCUUUUGGGAUUGAAAUCCAUGGUUGUUUAUAUGUCCUUUGGGCGGAGGAAGCAUAUGCCCAAGAUUAUGAAGGUUGAGGGGAAUGAGAUGAUGUGGACUCAUGAGGCUCUUUUUCCUGGGGAUAGUGCUGUAGGGCAGGAUGUUUUCAGUCUCCGAGACGUGUUUGGGUUGUAUGAAGGAUGA